UAAAUCGGUAACCUUCAUGAAUGUCAUUUGUAUAAGAAGAGCCGAGAAGAUUGACUUUAGUCCGUUUUAAAUAUAAGUUUUUGAAAAUUUCAUUUAUAAAAAAUCUAUUGAAAAUGUCUGGAAAAUAUCGUGUAGUUAUGGUACGCCACGGUGAGAGCGAAUGGAAUGAAAAAAAUUUAUUUUGUGGAUGGUAUGAUGCAAAUUUAAGUAAAAAAGGUGAAGAAGAAGCUGUUAGUGCUGGAAAAGCUUUGAAGGAAGCUGGAUUUAAAUUCGAUGAAGCCCAUACAUCUGUUUUGAAACGUGCACAAAAUACAUUGGCAGCAAUUUUAACUGAAAUUGGUCAAAAUGAUAUUCCUAUAAAUAAAACAUGGCGAUUAAAUGAACGGCAUUAUGGUGGACUCACUGGUUUAAACAAAGCCGAAACUGCUGCCAAAUACGGUGAAGCACAAGUUCAAAUUUGGCGUAGAAGUUUUGAUGUACCACCACCUCCAAUGGAACCAGAUCACCAAUAUUAUAAGGAAAUAGUUGAAGAUCCACGAUAUGCAUCAGAACCCAAAAAAGAGGAAUUCCCAAUGUUUGAAAGUUUAAAAUUGACAAUCCAACGUACACUACCUUAUUGGGACAAUGUGAUUGUGCCAAAAAUUAAGGAUGGUAAAACCAUUUUGAUUGCAGCUCAUGGUAACAGUUUACGAGGCAUCGUUAAACAUUUAGACAAAUUAUCCGAUGAACAAAUCAUGUUAUUAAAUUUACCAACUGGAAUUCCGUUCGUUUAUGAACUCGAUGAAAAUUUACAACCAGUCGUUUCAAUGAAAUUCUUAGGAGAUGAAGAAACUGUUAAAAAAGCUAUCGAAUCAGUAGCUGCACAAGGAAAAGCUAAAUAAAAAUUCUAAAUCGAAGUAUUUAAAAAAAGAAUUUAUUUA